UUCCCUCUCUCACCAGUUCGCCUUCUUUCUCCACAGUUGUUCCCAUCUCCGACGGUGUGGAGGCCGAAAGUCAUGGCUCAAGGAUAAACUCAAUUUGUGCUCCACUUAUAUCUAUGGUUGACUGCAUCGUUUUGGAGGUCUGGUGGCGGUUCGUUAUUCGCUAAGUAGAACGCGCCUAGGGUUUGGAAUUGGCAAGUUCAUUCGGAGUUCUUCUUGCCGCAGCUGUAGAUUUAAACGUUCGAAUCCGUUUGAAGUAACGUGGCAACCUCAACAUAUCUUCGCUCUCUUUUCAUUCCUGACUAAUGCUGUUCAUCUUACUUCCCCCAAUUCAAGCUGUUUAAAGAGGUAAAUCCACUUUCCUCUGUUCAUACUUAUUCUGAGAUAUGAGAAUGAUACCUGCUUUACAAAUUGACUUUAGUUUCUGAGUUGAAUUCUGCUUCUCGGAAUUGUUGUGGAUAACUCAUUUUUUAGGUAAUCAUGUCUAUUUGAUGUACUUGUUUGGGCUAAUGUCUUACUGGCUUAGCACCUCAAGAUAUCUUCAUUCUACUAGUGCUAACAUGUUCCAUACUUUUUGUUUCUAAAAUUCAAGCUGUUUAAAGAGGUAAAUCUGCUCUCUUUCCUAUAUGUACCUUCUGUGUCUACUGCAUUUGAUUUAGUGGACUUGGGUGUUAGACCUCCAUUGGCUUUGAUCAAAUAUAAGGGUUCUGGGUCUCAUUUUUUUUCUGCAAUGUGGAGAAUGUUAUCUGUUACUUUUAGUUUCUGAAUUAAAUUCUGCCUUUUGGAAUGCUUGUAGUGAAACAUGAAAGUCAAGGUGUCAGUCUUUUACUUUUUCUACAAAUUUUCAGCUACUGUUACUGAAUGUUUUGAUAGUAAAAGUGAAUGAGAUCUCUUCUUAGUUGCAUUCAGAUUUAAUUGAUUCUUCCUCCGUUGAAAGUGGUUCCAUUCUUACUUGCCUAAUAAUAUAAAUACCUUUGAUUUUACAUCCAUUUGAUUACCAACACAUGACUGCAAAUUCCAGCUAUUGCAGAUAGGCAUUUCACAAACUACUAAUGUGCCCUACUUUGCCAUCCUUUUUUGAAUGCGAAGUAGGAGAAACUAAAACUCAAUGGGAGAAUCCCAUAAUCAUUAUUUUUCCUUGAGCCAGCCUGAUUCUACCUCUUCUCAUGACAUGAGAGGGUUACCUUUAGAUGUGCAUGGGACUCAUGGAUCUAGCUUUCCAGGCAUGAAGAAGAGAGGUCAUGGAAAUCGAUCAUGGAUAAAGAUUGAUCAGAAUGGUAAUUCAAAGAUAUUGGAGCUUGAUAAAGCUAAAAUAAUGAGGCAGUGUUCUUUGCCCUCUAGAGAUCUACGGCUUUUGGAUCCUUUGUUUAUUUAUCCUUCCACAAUAUUAGGCAGGGAGAAGGCAAUUGUUGUUAGUCUUGAGCAGAUAAGGUGUAUAAUUACAUCUGAGGAGGUUAUCCUGAUGAAUUCUUUAGAUAGAUCUGUUCUACAGUACAAGUCAGAAUUGAGCAAGCGUCUCCAGACAAACAAAGAUCAAGUUGAUGACUUGCCAUUUGAAUUCAGGGCUCUGGAACUGGCUUUGGAGCUGACAUGCGUGUCUCUUGAUGCACAGGUAAAAGAACUGGAGAUGGAGAUCUAUCCAGUCCUAGAUGAACUAGCUUCAUCUAUUAAUACUCUUAACCUUGAGCGAGCUCGCAGAUUAAAAGGACACCUCCUUGCUUUAACUCAACGGGUUCAAAAGGUCCAUGAUGAGAUAGAGCAUCUCAUGGAUGAUGAUGGUGACAUGGCAGAGAUGUACCUAACUGAGAAAAAAAAAAGGUCGGAGGUUUACUCAUUAGGUGAUGGUCAAAACUUGUAUGGUGGAACCAGAAUGGUAUCAAAAUCUGCUCCUGUUUCACCUGUAGCAUCAACCAAUGGAGCCUUCAGAUUACAGAGGACAUUUAGCAGUAUUGUGAGUUCAAGCAAACAAGGAAGCUUGAUGAGUUCGUCUAGUGCUGGGGAAAAUAUUGAACAACUUGAAAUGUUACUCGAAGCAUACUUUGUUGUCAUUGGUCAUACACUCAGCAAGUUGCUUUCGCUCAAAGAGUAUAUUGAUGAUACCGAAGAUCUCAUCAACAUUAAAUUGGGCAAUGUACAAAACCAAUUGAUUCAAUUUGAAUUGCUUCUCACUGCUGCAAACUUUGUGGCUACAAUAUUUGCUGUCGUAACUGGAAUUUUCGGAAUGAAUUUUGCUGCCUCAAUCUUUGAUUAUCCAUCAGCAUUCAAUUGGGUGCUGGUUAUGACGGGUAUUGGAUGCGCAUUCGUGUAUUUCUCAUUCUUAUUCUAUUUUAGGCAUAAGAAAGUCUUCCCUUUGUAAAUUACGAAGUUUAAAUUGGUGAACUUUUUAAAUUUCCAUCGAAAUAAAAUUUUCUGUGUCUGUUUUACAAUUCUUUCUUUUCUUCCCUUUUUUUCAUCAUCUUGUACUGUAUUACGGGUUAGGUACACUUAGAUGUUGUGUGUGUGUGUGUUUUUUUUAAAAAAAAAAUUAAUAUUAA